CAAGGUUGUAGCUAGCUACUAGGUCACCUUAAAGUUCCUUCGGCAACAUGGCAGCUGUGCGUAAGGCGCGUGCCUUGAUUAUUGGUCUGGCAAAGGUUGAAGCCUUCAUGAAGCAGGAGUUGGAGGCUGUGAUGCCAGCGGAGCGUCAAGAAUUCUUACGGAGCCUGACCACCGAGAAGCUGCAAGAAGCUUUAGCUAGUGAGAGGUCAGGUCUGGAGAAGGAAGGCAUUGCGCUGGAGAACCUUCUCAUCGAUGGAGGCAAUGACCCCUCAGCUCUUCAAAAGAAUGGAGAUGUGGUACGUGAGCAUUUGAAGAAGGAGAGGUAUGAUGUUGUGGUUAUUGGGGCUGGCGUCCGUUUACCGCCGUCCAAUUUUCCGCUCUUGGAGUACUUGACGAACAUCGUGCACUCACAUGCUCCGGGCGCCAAAAUUGCCUACAACACCUAUCCCUUGGACACGGCAGACGCAAUCCGGAGAGCUUUGGCCACGAAUUACCUGGAGUGACGCCCUGGCUGUGAUACGAAUCGUAGGACUCGCACAGAACCCCAAAGUGCAGCGCCGAGACAGAUCUCAAAGUAGCUUGGGCUUGCCCUAGUGAACGUGUAGUGAUGAGUCAUUGAUUCAAUUGUUGGCGCGGGUUCCUGGCGCUCCUUCGCCGCAUCGAAUGGACGGUGAGUUUUGAAGACCAUCACAAAGAGAGGAUAUUUUGGCAAACGAUAACAAACGAAGGCUUUUCUUCAUAUAUGUCCAUAGGGCAAGGGCGUCUCGCACAGAGUGUUGCGACAAAACCGAUGGCAAAA